CACGUGCUUCGCUACGAUCUCAUUCACUGUUCACCACCAUAGACAUAGAUGCUUACCGAGUGGUUGACCACUAUAUCCUUUGUCUUUGGGGGCUGCUGCAGCAAUGCCGUCACCCUGGAGCAAUUGACUUCACAGUUUCCGCGCGCUGGUUCUCUGAUCACAUUUUGUCAAUUUGCGAUCAUCUCUCUCCAAGGGAUUCGCAGGCAUGUUACAUGGUCUUCCUAUGGUCCCAGAUUAAAGCCCCGCAGGAUCCCACUUAUGCCUUAUCUCGUCCAAGUUGUGCUUUUCUACCUCGUUUCUCUCCUGAACAAUGCGGCGUUCGCGUAUCGCAUCCCUAUGGCAGUACAUAUCAUCUUCAGAAGUGGAGGGCUUGUAAUAAGUAUGAUCCUUGGAUGGAUCUUCGCUGAGAAGACUUACACCACUGCCCAAGUUUUAUCUGUUUUCAUUGUCACACUCGGAGUCAUAUUCACAACUCUUUCCGCCUCCGAGCCCUCAUCGAACGUCAUGAUCGAAAGCUCUGCCCGGGUGUAUCUGACCGGCAUAGGCAUCCUGACCCUUGCACUCGUUUUUUCAGGCUUUCUCGGUCUGGUACAAGAUUAUACAUACACAACGUAUGGGCGUCCAUCAAACUCUUCAGACAAAUCAUUUGCCGCCCCCACCUGGCAAGAAUCAAUGUUCUAUCUCCAUUUUCUGGCUUUGCCCAUGUUUGUGACGGUCCGGAAGGACUUGAUGUCACAAUUUUAUGCGUUGAGUCGAGGUCCACUUGCCUCUUACACGAUUGCAGUACCUCCUUCAAUCUCUGCUACCAUCCUACCUUCACUACCAUUGCCUCCCCCGUCAGCUACCCCGUUAUAUCCCAAGUCUUCAUCGUUCCUAUCCUUUACGAACGUUGGAACUUCCUCGACUUCAUCCCUCGUCGAUCCUAAUGCUCUGCUUCUACGACUCCAGCUCCCUGCCGCAUGCUUUCCUCUCCUUCUUAAUACCGUCACACAGCUGCUAUGUGCGGUUGGCGUACACCGACUCACUACUCAAGUCAGUUCACUGACUGUGACUCUGAUACUGGUUGUCAGAAAGGCUGUCAGUUUGAUCUUGAGCAUCAUAGUAGGAUGGGGUCGAAAGGCCAACAACCCUGAGAACGUCAACAUGAACAUGAUGUGGUCAGGGGCUGCGUUGGUGUUGUUGGGCACCAUUGGAUAUUCUCUAGCAACGAAUGCUACAACCUCGACAAAAAAGAAAUCGGAGUGAUUUAUGCAUAGAAUUAGAGCGGAAAUUGGACUGUGUAUAUAUACUCUGGAUUGUAAUCUAUGAUAUAGCUUUAUACUUAGCAAAAUAAUAUGUAUUUACUGCCCUACAUAUGCAUGAUUCCGUGAAAAGUAAUGUUUUUUUUCUACGGUCUGAU